AAUGUCAGGCGCAGAACAGCCGGUGUCCACCAGAAAGAUCAGAGGGAGCAGCUGCCUUUGGUGAAUCUCAGAGUCACUGGGUUCUGACCAAUCACAGCGCAGACCGCCCGCCAUUGAGCAACAGCAUCACAGAGGCAACUACAUUUGCUGGCUGGUGUUGGACCGGGAUCGCUUUCAUCAUAAGUCUGGCAGGCAGAUUGCCCUUUGAUUCAAAUUUGCAGGUUAUAUCCGGUUGAAUUAGCGUCACUUUCCAGCAACGGUCUUUAGAGCGCUCGCUCUUCAGCCCUUCGGCUCUUCCAUCACUGAACUCACUCACCCACCCUUCAACGUCGACAAGGGCUCAAAGAGACAGGAUGGAGCUUUUAUUUGAGGAGUUCCGCAAUGCCUACAAGACUCGGUCUGGGUACUCUCUUGCGCAGACACUUCAGCCAUUCAGUCCAGUCAACAAGCCGGACAAGCUACGGUCCAUCUAUCUGAGCACCAACGUCCAAGAAGCCAAGAGCGACAUCAAGUACAUGCUUCUCGGUCGGGGCCCGGGAUCUAAGAAAUUCAAGCUCGACCAUGAGGAGACUUCGGGCUGGGUAGAAGUCUACACGGCGUACUGGAAGGCCAUUGGCGAGAUCCUCAAAGUAGAGGGCGACUCCGCUGCUGGAGGUAGGUCUUCAUCAUGGACCAAAGUUUAUGAGUCUUGGAAGGAAUUCACCACCGCUCUCAUCCGAGGCUACACUAAUUAUGGCUUCGAGGCGUGGACAAUUCCGUGCCUCUACCUUGCCGGCAAGCAUUUGCGACUCUUCGCCAUCAGCUCAGACGAGGAGCGGAGCACCACUGAUGCUACUGCUGACGCAAUGGAGCUUGCUGACGACUACGACCCGGACCUGGAGAAGCAGAAGCAGCUGCGCGACUGUGAGCAGCAGCUCAAGCGUAUAUUCACCCUGUGUUUGAGCGAUAGAGCACCUCUCGAAGAAUCGAGGAAGUGGGCCAUUUACUACAUCAUCAACUUGCUCUUCAAGACCUACUUCAAACUCAACUCGGCAAGUCUGAGUCGGACAAUCCUGAAGGCGUUGUCCACGAACCGUGGAGAUAUGCCUCCCCUGGAAGCAUUCCCCAAGUCACAGCGGGUGACAUUCAAGUAUUAUGAAGGUGUGCUGUUCUUCUUGGAGGAGAACUAUGUCGAGGCCGAAAAACACCUCACUGAAGCAUGGUCACUGUGUCAUAAGGAUGCGAAGAGCAACCAAGAGAGAAUUCUUACCUACCUAAUCCCAUGCCAUCUUCUCACCACACAUACUCUGCCCAGCAGCAAACUUCUUGAGCCUUAUCCACGGCUGCAGAAGCUCUUCCUCCCACUGUCGCAAUCCAUCCGCAAGGGCGAUUUGCGCAACUUUGACUUAGCUUUACAAGAAGGCGAAGAGGAAUUCGUCCGCCGCAGAAUCUACCUUACGUUGGAGCGCGGUCGCGAUAUUGCUCUGCGCAACUUAUUACGCAAAGUCUUUGUCGCUGGCGGCUUCGAGGAGGCAAAGGAAGCCGGCACCGCUCCCGUCCGUCGGACCAGAGUCCCAGUCGCCGAGUUCACAGCUGCUAUUAGCCUCGGUAGCCAAGAGACUGUUGACCCUGACGAGGUCGAGUGCCUGCUGGCAAACAUGAUUUACAAGAACCUCAUGAAGGGCUACAUCGCCCGCGAGCGCGGCAUCGUCGUCCUCUCCAAGAACGGGGCGUUCCCCGGAACAGGGGUUUAAACGGGGAUGGUGGGGUGGGGACUCCGACCGCAUGAGACUUUAGACCAGUCCAAGAACUUGAGAUAAUACAGCCUUGGUACCACACCAUCGUGCGCAUAAAAGCGGCGAGAAGAUGUUUGACCCAAUAGGCAUGGACGAUACGGCCUCGUAUAAGGUGUGAGCAAACCUGGCGGCAUGCAUUGGUGCGAGGAAGAUGGAUGCAUGAGUAUCUUAGUGAUACCGGGCAAUUAAAAAGCAAAGUCUAUCUCGACGCCGUUUGUUGGGAUCAAUCAGUAGAUGCACAUCAAUACAUUGAUACUCAGCAAAUUGCUUCAAUUGUUCCAUUGCCCAAUUACAUAAGCAUAUCAAAACAACCAAAACAACAAAAGAGUUCACCCCCCCGGUGCUGAACUGGGGGCUACAUCUCUUGGUGCUCAUGCUGGGAAUUUUUUAUGGUGCUCAUUCCGGGAUUCGAACUCGGGGACUCG